UAGAAUAAAGACCUCUUCACUACAAGUGACCAGAUGGAGUUCAAGUCCAUAGAAAACUGCGUUCUUCGAGCAAGGCUGAAUUUCCCGGAGCUCAAAGGUCCGAAGCACGAGUCGACGGAAGAGGCAGUGAUUCGGUUUGUCGAGCAAUACGAACGCCUUUCGGCACCUUUGAGGGACUCGAAGGGGCGACUGGAUACCGCCGAGAAGAUGCGGAAAGACUUGCACAAAACAGAGGAUGAAUUGCACGCAGCUCAAGGGCGACUCUCUGGUUGGAGCAGGGACUACAAGGAGUUGAAGACGCGUCAUCUCCAGGACACCGAUCAGCUCAAGCGCACGAUUGAUAGACUUCGGCUCGAAAACAGUGAGCAGGUCUCCUCACAUGGUGCUAAGUUGCGCAAGGAGCAAAGCUCCCUUCAGCGCGAGAAUGAUCAACUCAAGGCGAUGUUCGAGGGUCAGCUAAGGAAAAUGCGAGAUGACUCAGCCUUACAAGCAAAAACCAUCAAAGAUCUCCAGGCACAGAUAAUCCAAGAGAGAACACAAUGGAAUGCAGCUGUGCAGCGCUUAGAAGGAGAUAAGGGUGUCUUGGACAGUCGUUUGAGAUCGGUGCAAUCCGACUAUGAUAGCCGGCUUAGAGAGGUAGAAGAGAAGUCCGAAAACCGUUUGCAGCGAGAAAGAGGAAAGUACGAAGACCUGAUAUCGUCCUUGGAAUCACAGAUUGCACAACUAAAGAAUAAUGCUCAAAAGGAAUUGCUUACCCAGAAGGAGCAGCUUAUAAAAGAACAUGAGGAGGAGAGCUCCCAGCUCCGGACCGUGAUUGAGGAUUUCAAGGUCGCUUCGACGCAAAGAGAACACUUUAAAGGCUUAACAGAUCGCGAUGUUUCUGGACAUUUUUUGCGGCUGGCGAACGAUAUCGAAGACUUCUCGCGAUUAGAAUGGGAUUUUCGCAAAGAGCAUGACUGGCCGUUCACUGAGGAUCAGCUGAGGCAAUUUUACCCCAAGAAUACAAGGAAGCUGAAACAGCAAAUUGUUCAAAACACCAUGUGGGUGGUUUUAUAUAAUCACGUUUUCCGGUCGCCAUUUCGAAUACUUGGCACAGACGGUAAGGACAUUGACGCAGAUUGGAUCGAUAUUUACUCGCCAGACGUUUCUCCGUACGAAUGGCCCAAUGUACCGGUAGAGCUAGAGAGAAGUCGGUACGAGAGUGCGAAAGCCUUCUUAGGUGCCAUAGACCCUUCAGCAGCUCCAGGUAGACUGAAGGAUGGAUAUGAGGAAACUGUAACGACAGCAGUGAACGCCGUUUGGCGUGCGUUACAAAGGGUUGCAACAGUAGAGGCGAAGAAUCGCAAAAUCCUGGAAGGCAUUUUGCGUUUAUCCGCGAAGGUCUGGCUAGAGUUAUGUUCUCAGAGGUACCGCCUGAUUGUAAAUCUGUCCAACGGAAGUGGCGACGUUCUGACUUCAAUGAGAACCGAUACCGGAUCUCUCAUACUCAUAGUCAGACCAGACCUAAAAAGAUACGGAGAUAGCCAAGGCAAGGACCUUGAGCGUGGAGAAGCAGUUGCCGGGUGGAAAAGUCUGGUGGAGACCUACCCGUCGUAGCCAUCGACAAUAGAAUAGCCUAGAUGCCUUCAGAUGCCUGUAAGC